UGGCGGCCGCCUCACCAGGCGCGUUCCCGCGCGCAGCCUCCACAGCCCGCGACCGAGCUGGGAGCUGCCACUUGCUCGCCGAGGAGGCUCCGUUGCCCACGGCUGUGGGGGGAAAGCAAAUAUUGAAUCAGAGGACUUUGUGAAAGACCAUGAACUGUUGGUUUUGCUAGGCAGUCUACUGUGAUAAUUCUUCAGGAAGAUUGCUUUGGAGAGGAAAGUUCGGAGAAAGAAGCAGUUGAUACCUGAACGUUGGAGGCACCAGAAGUCAUGUCGGACUGGCUGCUAAUUGGAUUGUUUGUGGCAUUGGUGGCGCUUCUGCUGCUGACACUCUUUGGCUUUGCUGUUUAUUCGGGACUGUUCACAGAAGUAAUCGUGAGUGCUGGUUUGCCCCCAAUUGGCAACAUCACUGUGGCAUACAAAUUCCAGGUGGGGCCUUAUGGUGACUCUGGAAGGCUUUUUAUGGACAGCUGCAGCGUUUCUCCAAGGCUCUCCUCCAUCGCUGUCUACUAUGACAACCCACACACGGUGGAUCCAGAGAAAUGUCGCUAUGCUGUAGGUAGUGUCCUGAGUGAAGGGGAAGACAAGCCAUCUGAGAAAGUGAUCAACACGUUCCUGAAGUAUGGCUUCAAGAUUAUAAACUUCCCAGCUCCUAGUCAUGUAGUCAUGGCAACUUUCCCUUAUACGACUCCACUAUCUAUCCAUCUGGCAGUGAACCGUGUCCAUUCAAGCCUUGACGUAUACAUCAAGGAGCGGAAACUAUGUGCCCAUCCUAGAUUGGAGAUCUACAAAGGAGAUAAAAUCUAUUUUAUAUGCCCCCUUGCACGUCAAGGGGACUUCUACGUGCCUGAAAUGAAAGAGUUGGAGAAGAAAAACAGAGCAGCAGCAGCAGCAAUAGAAACUGAUGAUGAUCAAACAGAUAUUACAGGUAUGGACACCAUGAGCGAGACAAGCUCUGUCAGCCUCGAAGCCACAACGGACAUCAGUGAGACUUCAGUGGCUACCUCCAUCUUAUCUCCUUUCGUGUCUGGCCACAGUCGAGAGGAGGCAGAUAAUCACAGUGAGCACAGCUACAGUGGAUCAGGGGCCAGUGGUUCCUCCUUUGAAGAAUUGGACAUGGAAGGCCAUGGUGAUGGCGAUGGAAUGGCAGGUCUGUCAUGUGACCUUGGUUCUGCAGAAGACCAGGACACCACCCAAGUCAAGUGGACCAAGGAGCCUAUUGCCCCAGAGGAAAAAAGGGGUGAAGAAUAAAGUUAUCUGUUUACUCAUAUUUUUUAGGGACUGAAAAGAGAAACUGAUAAUAGUUCUUGAUUCUUUUCUGUCCAGCCAAAAGAUUUCGGUUACUGAUCCAUAUAGAGAGCUGUGCUACAUUUUGUCUGCAAACAAAUAUUUGGAGAGUGAUAAAGGAGAGGAAAUUAUAUUCAGUAGAACACUCACUGCCUAUCACACUUUGUAGCCAGACUUAAGGAUGUGUGCUGCAAUAGGAAAUUGGAAGUGCGAUGGCAUGCAGUGGUGGUGGUGAGUUCUACUUGAACCAGCAGAUAUAAGUUUGUACAUAGACUGUCCCUGGUCUUGGCAUCAUUUUACUUCUUCUUGCACUCUAUCUUGUUUGACCCCAGAUUGGCUUUUUUUCUGCAACAUGCACACUUGAAUUGGUGCUACAUCUAUUAAGACCAAAGAACUGUAGCACUGAUAAUUGAAAAUGAAGAAUAGUGCAGACUUUCAUAUAUGCUUUUAUCAUAAAUGCAGCAUAUGAAUUCUCCUUAUUAGUAAUACAAUUAAUAGUGUCCCUUUGAAAGCUUACGUGCAGGGUUAGUGUAAUCCCAAUGAGUCACAUGUUUCUGCUCCAUUUUCCUCUAUUAUUGGUGCAAUUUUUCUCUUUCUUUUGGUUUCCAUGAUCAUGGAAUAAACCAAGUUCUUGAUAGUUACAUUUAGUAUUUUUGGAAAUAAAAUUCCUUCUCUAGUUUCUUAUGUGAAAGAGUCCAUCUGAAAGAAGAAGCUAUCACCACUAGCAUUAAUGGUGCCCUUUUUCUGCAGUUUCAGAAAAGAGACUGCUGAGAAUGAGAAAUAGCAAAGCAAGCCAAUGAUGCAGUAGGUGACCCCGUUGCAUGUGCCAGUACUUCAAGAUUGUGAUGCGGUAGUAAUUGUGUGUAGGACAAGAUCAGGUUCAGUGCUGUAAUGUGGCAGAAGACUCAGGUACUGAGGUAACCAUAGAGGAUUUGACCCAGUGUGUGAAGCAGUGCUGAAAGUUAUCGUAUGUUAUGACGUUGUGUGUUGUAUGUUGGUGAAACUGAGUUCUUCCAGCAUAAUUCCAGAACACCUCUUACAAUAGGAUGAAAUGGCGAUGUUCAUCUUUUUGCACUGGCAAUACUUCUGAAUGCUUGGUCAGAACAAACAGGUCUCCAUAAAGAUGGUAUCCUGAGGUACUGAACCAAAUUUGUCACUCCUGAAUCUCUAGCAAAGCUCUUGUACUAAGGAAUCAGUAGCUGAGAAAUGUGUCAAAUAGUUUGAAUCCUCACAGCUCCAUUAUUGUAGCUUGAGGAAGCCAUCAAGACAUCAAGUUGAAGAAAAUGUUAAUAUCUAUGUAUUAGGGAUGAAGUAUUGAAAUAUUUUGCUCCUCCCCAGCACAUUCAUGGUUCUCUUGCUUGCAUCCUCUUUGUAGAGAUCAAUGGCCCACUCUCUUUCUUAAUGGAUUUGGAUCCAUACAGUGGUAGAGGAAUUCAACAUUUAGCCCUCUUCAGACUUGCCUUGUUCUGAGCAUUGACUUAGCCUGGAGGAUAAUCAAUGGAAUGCAGUGUUAGAAUGGUCUUCUUUGAGCUUUGUGGUCCAUAAGGCUAUUUUGCUCCCUCUCCCCAAGCAAUCACAAUUGCUUACUUUCCUCUUUGUGCUCUGUUGUUGUUGCCUCCAAGGUCUCAAUUUCCUGUUUAGCUUUUUAUUUCCUAAUGCUUAAAUUUAUAUUCAUAUACUCCCAAUUCUGAUUUAGCGUAACAAACCAAAUCAGCACUGUGCAUCAGAUGCUUGGAGUGUAGCAUGGAACUGUUUGAAUGAAAAUCUUCCAACUGUCUCAUUUUAGCACUCAGUGGCUUCUCUUAUGCAGGGCUCCUGAACAGGUAGUCCAGAGUGCCUGUUGACAAUGUCUCUCUGUCCUUGUAUCUGUGUGCAAAUUGUGUGCAUUCCAAUUUCUUUAGACAUGCUUGAAUGUCUUGUGCUUCUAUGCCUGCUCAUGUCUGUAGUUCUACCUAUACUUUUGUGCUCAGGCUUAAGGUUAAAUUAGACAUGACACCAUUUAUGCACUUGCUAUAUGUUUUUCUGUCUAUCCUAUAUAUCAAAACUAUAGGGAUACAGGGAAAUGAGGAGGCGGCAUAUAGAUAUUAGUGUACUAUGCCAGUCCCCAGAGUUCAUUUGACAUGACAAAAAUUCUGUUUUCUCU